UUUUCUUCGUCCAGGGCGUUUGCAGUUGUUGGCGCUUCUGCCGACCGCACAAAGUUCGGCAACAAGGUGCUGCGGUGGUAUAUCAACAACGGAUUAUCCGUGACUCCGAUCAACCCUAAGGCCAGCGAGAUCGAGGGAAUCAAGUGCGAGCCUUCACUGGCCGCAUUGUCGGCUGCUAGUUCUGACUUGGGCGGCCUGGAGAACGUGGGUGUCUCGGUCAUUACACCGCCAGCGGUGUCUGAGAGUGUCAUCGAGGAGGCCGCCGGCUUGGGCGUCAAGCGUAUGUGGUUCCAGCCGGGCAGCGAGCCUAUCAAUUUGAGCGAGCUGGCUGAGAAUCUGGGUGUGAACGUUAUUGGUAACGGGCCUUGCAUUUUG